AUGCAGCCGACAGAUGCGUCGCAGCCGGCGACGGCGGAUCAGAGCCGUCGUCUUAAAGAUGAGCUAUCGGAGAGUAUGAGCUUCAGUAGCCAAAUGAAGAAGGAAGACGAGGAGUUGUCGGUGAAAGCUUUGUCGUCGUUCAAGGCCAAAGAAGAUGAGAUCGAGAAGAAGAAGAUGGAGAUCAGAGAAAGAGUUCUAGCUCAGCUCGGCCGUGUUGAAGGCGAGACCAAGCGUCUCGCUUUGAUCCGCGAGGAACUUGAAGGUUUUGCUGAUCCCAUGAGGAAGGAAGUUACUUUGGUGAGGAAGAAGAUUGAUACUCUCGAUAAAGAAAUAAAGCCAUUGGGGCAUACUGUUCAGAAAAAGGAAACAGAGUACAAGGACGCUCUUGAAGCAUUCAAUGAAAAGAACAAGGAGAAGGUGGAACUGAUCACCAAGCUACAGCAGUUGGAAGGAGAAAGCGAGAAAUUGAGAUUCAAGAAGCUGGAAGAGCUAAGCAAGAACAUCGAUCAAACCAAACCUUAG